AUGGCGCACAGGGCUUCCCUUGGUGUAUUGCAGGCCAACCUGAACCACUGCCGCCGGGCACAGGACCUUAUGGUCCACUGCCUGGCGGAGUGUCGGGUUGGCCUAGCGGUAGCUACGGAGCUGUACCAAGUCCUCGACCAUCCACACUGGUUCGGGGACGAGGACGGCCUCGUGGCGGUGUGGUGCCGCCGCCACUCGGCGUCCGUCCCCCCCUGCACCGUCAUCGAACGGGGCAGGGGGAUGAUUUUGGUAAAAUGGGGAACGUUCGUAGUCGCUGGAUGCUACAAUUCUCCCAACUGUGGCUCCGCAGAAUUCGGGAGGUAUUUGGACCGGCUUGGGGCUUUGGUAGCCCCCUACAUGGCCGAUCCGGUGCCUCAAUGCAAGGUCUACCGCAUGGGGUAA